AUGCUGUCUCACGCCGACCUCCUGGACGCCAGGCUAGGUAUGAAAGAUGCCGCCGAGCUUCUGGGCCACCGGGAGGCGGUGAAGUGUAGGCUGGGCGUGGGGGGUUCCGACCCCGGGGGCCAUCCUGGGGACCUAGCGCCCAACACCGACCCAGUCGAGGGAACCACUCUGCUGCCUGGGGAGGACAUCACCACUGUGGGUUCUACGCCGGCCUCGCUGGCUGUGAGCGCAAAGGACCCCGACAAGCAGCCGGGACCCCAGGGUGGCCCGAACCCCAGCCAAGCCGGCCAGCAGCAGGGCCAACAGAAACAGAAGCGCCACCGGACGCGGUUCACCCCCGCACAGCUCAACGAGUUGGAGAGGAGCUUUGCCAAGACUCACUACCCCGACAUCUUCAUGCGCGAGGAACUUGCGCUGCGUAUCGGGCUGACCGAGUCCCGAGUGCAGGUCUGGUUCCAGAACCGGCGGGCUAAGUGGAAGAAGCGCAAGAAGACCACCAACGUGUUUCGGGCGCCAGGCACGCUGCUGCCCACGCCAGGCCUGCCUCAGUUUCCGUCGGCCGCCGCCGCCGCCGCCGCCGCCAUGGGCGACAGCCUGUGCUCUUUCCACGCCAACGACACCCGCUGGGCGGCGGCCGCCAUGCCGGGCGUGUCCCAGCUGCCGCUGCCGCCGGCGCUGGGCCGGCAGCAAGCCAUGGCGCAGUCGCUGUCCCAGUGCAGCCUGGCGGCGGGGCCGCCACCCAACUCCAUGGGCCUGUCCAACAGCCUGGCCGGCUCCAACGGCGCGGGGCUGCAGUCGCACCUCUACCAGCCCGCCUUCCCCGGCAUGGUGCCCGCCUCCCUCCCCGGCCCCAGCAACGUCUCGGGCUCGCCCCAGCUCUGCAGCUCCCCGGACAGCAGCGACGUGUGGCGGGGCACGAGCAUCGCCUCCCUCCGCCGCAAGGCGCUAGAGCACACAGUCUCCAUGAGCUUCACUUAA